AUGAGUCGACCACGCAAGAACGGUGAUAUCUCUGCCAUCUUCGUCCACGCUGGAGCCGGUUACCACAGUCACCACAAUGAGAGAUCCCACCUGGAGGCCUGCGAGAAUGCUGCAAAAGCAGCAAUGGCCAUGCUAAAGAACGGUGGUUCGGCUGUGGACGCGGUCGAACUCGCUAUCAUGCUAUUGGAGGACUCGGAAAUCACCAACGCGGGUUACGGCAGCAAUCUUACCUUAGAUGGAAAGGUCGAAUGUGACGCAGCCAUUAUCGACCACGAGGGGAGAAGUGGUGCAGCUGGGGCAGUUUCUCACGUCAAAAAUCCAAUCUCCCUCGCGCGUGUUAUUCUCGACGCCUCAUCAAAUCCGUUGUCCUUACACAGAGUACCUCCGAAUUUUCUCGUUGGAUCAGGAGCGACUGAUUUCGCAUAUGAAAAUCGACUGCCUGUUCUCCCCCAUGACGCCCUCAUCGCAGAAGGGGCAAAACAACGAUGGAAACGCUGGAGCUGUGAACUAAGACAUGCAGAGAUGGUUGGAAAGAAGAAAGCUGGGUCACAACAGAAUCAGAACAACCCUAAUGAUCGGCACAUUCGUCAUCCCCUACAAUACAAUCCGGGCCCAUUGAUCACUACGCCUUCGAGUAUAGCAACUCCCGUGACCUCUAAUCCAGAUCAAGCAAACUUCCCGGGCCUUCCACCUGGUCCUAUCCAAAGCCACAUCCACAAUCACGUUUCUAGCGAAGCCAGUAGCGCGCAAGUCCGCCAAACUAUGGAUAUGGACGCCCCACCAGGCUCUCUCAUUCCAGAGUUGCGCAGCGGGGAUGACGCAGAUGACGUCUCUGAUACGGUAGGAGCCAUAGCAGUCGACAGCUUUGGGAACAUUGCUGCAGGGUCGUCUUCAGGUGGCAUUGGCAUGAAACAUCCUGGUCGAGUUGGGCCUGCUGCACUAUUAGGUAUAGGUACCGCUGUGAUCCCUGCAGACCCCAGUGAUCCCGAGAAAGCACAGGUGGCUACCGUCACCUCAGGAACAGGCGAGCAUAUUGCGACAACUAUGGCAGCGAACACCUGUGCAUUGCGGAUCUACUACAGUCAACGGAAGUGUCCGGAUGGUCUGUUCGAGGAGGUCACUGAAGACGAGGCUCUGAAAGGAUCGAUAGCCACGGACUUCCUCGGUCACCCCGGCGUGAAGCGCAGCCAUUGCGAAGGAGCGAUUGGUAUUAUGUCGGUUAAGAAGACUGUCGACGGGAUUUACCUCUUCUUUGGCCAUAACACUGAGUCUUUUGCCCUUGCUUCGAUGAAUAGCGAGGAUAGAAAGCCCGUUUCGGUCAUGUCACGCAAUACGAAGGGGCACGGAAAUGUCGCCCAGGGUGGUCGCGUUUGUCGACGGAAGAGGUAA